CCUCACAAGCGGCGUAUUCUCCCCGAUAACCCGACAAAUAUAUUAUAUGAAAACUGGCGAACACUCAUACCCACCCUCGUGGACCCGCAAUUGAAGUAUUAUGCUCGCACUAUAGGCCAAGGCUUGGAGAAGACUCACAAAGUGAUCUCAGCAUGUGCGACUCUCACCUGUGCACAGAAAAAGACCAGUUUAUUGUGCCUAUUCUUU